GAUGGCUCUGUAUGAUUAGAGGAGGUGGCUUAAGUCAGCCGUAACCUGAAUUGGAUGUAAUUACCAGAUUAAAAGAUUUGUUUGUUUUAGGACAAGGAAUUUAUGAAAUUUUAUAUGACUGUGCAAUUUAGCCAAAAAGUAAAAGGAUUAUCUGAAGAAACAGAAUCAUGGAGAAUACUACAGAAAGUCUGAUAAAAUGGUUGAAGACAUUUGAUUUAGAAGGAAACAAUAAAACUGUUGAAGAUCUUUGUGAUGGUGUGGUAAUGGCACAAGCAUUGGCUCAGAUAGCACCAGAAUAUUUUAACAGUGGAUGGUUAGCAAAGAUAAAGUCUGGCACAGGGAGUAACUGGAGGCUUAAGGUCAGUAAUCUAAGGAAGAUACUUAAAGGAAUUUUAGACUACUAUAAUGAGGCACUUGGGCAACAGAUAAUAGGUUUUAAAAUGCCUGACGUAAAUGCCAUAGGAGAAAAUAGUAAUCCAGUAGAAUUGGGACGUAUGUUACAAUUAGUAUUGGGCUGUGCAGUUAACUGUGAUAGAAAACAAGAAUAUAUAGAAGCAAUUAUGGGAUUAGAGGAAGAUGUUCAGCAUGUAGUGAUGAAUGUGAUACAAGAGUUAAUUACCAAGGAAAUACCUACCAGCUACUCGGGAGACUCUUAUGUUGAGCUUAAUGAACAAUUAAAAAAAACUGCUGAAGAACUUCAAGCAGCUUCAGAAGCCAAGGAACAAAUUAGCCAACGUUGUCAUGAAUUAGAUAUGCAGGUGGCAGCAUUACAAGAUGAGAAGGCAAGUUUAAUGCAAGAAAAUGAAAAACUUUUAGAAAGGUUAAACAAUUCUGAAAGCCUAGAAGAUCCAAGCACUGUAGCUGGAAAAAGAUUUCAACAGAUGCAACACAAGUUGGAAAUACUGCAGGAUGAAGUAUAUAAACUUGAAACAGCUCGUGAUGAGUUUAAGAUCAAAGUUGAUUUACAAGAAAAAGAGAUUUUAGAUCUUCAGCAAAAGAAUGAAGACUUGCAGAGGUUAGCAGAUGAGGCACGUACUCUUAAAGAUGAAUUGGAUGUCCUAAGACACAACUCUGAUAAAGUUGAACAGUAUGAAACUACAAUUGAAACAUAUAAAAAGAAAUUUGAGGAUUUAGUUGUUCUUAAGAAACAGCUAAAGGUGUUGGAGGACAAGAACACUUCUUAUAUGCAACAAAACAUGGAGUUGGAAGAGGAGCUAAAGAAAACUCAGACACUUAAGUCCCAGGUGGACAUGUACAAGAAACAAGUCCAAGAACUGCACAGUAGACUUGGUGAGGAGACAAGGAAGGCUGACAAAGCUGAGUUUGAAAACAGUAGAAUCUCAGAAAAACUUUCAUCUAUCCAGAGAGAAAAAGAGAGGUUAGUGGCAGAAAGAGAUUCAAUGAAAGAAACAAUAGAAGAACUUCGAUGCAUGCAGCUACAGAAAGAAGAAACUGUAAGUCCACAUGGAGUCAGUUCAAACCGACCAUCUGGUGCCUUUUCUGAUACCGAUAUGCUGGAAUCUGUUCCACCAGAAAUAAGGGAAAAGAUGAUACGUCUCCAACAUGAGAAUAAGAUGCUAAAGUUAAAGCAGAAUGGGUCCGAUGAGGAACAAACGGCUUUAUUGAAGACCUUGUUGGAUGAUGCGAAAGCUCGUCAGAAUGAGUUAGAAACUGAAAAUAGAUUAGCCAAUCAGAGAAUACUGGAACUAGAAGGUCAACUUCAAGAUCUACAAGAAAAUCAUUCUCAAGUAAGCAGCCAAGAAGGAAAAGAACUUCGCUGGAAACUAAACAUGAUGGGAAAGAAACAGAAGGAGAUAGAAGCCGAACUUCAGAAAGGAAAAGUUUCUGAGGAAGCCUUGCAGAGCCAACUGGAAGCAUCUGUACAAAAAGCUCACCAACUACAGGAACUCCUGAGUAAGAAAGAAGGAGAAAUGAGAGCAAUGGAAGAACGAUACAAAAAAUACUUGGAGAAAGCUAAAAAUGUGAUACGUACUCUGGAUCCUAAGCAAAGCACAGGCUCUGGACCAGAGGUUUUAGCUCUUCGUAAUCAACUUCAAGAGAAGGAGAAGAUCAUUGCAAAGCUUGAGAAAGAUGCUGAGAAAUCAAAAGUGGUGCAGGAAAUGGAAGAAAAGCUUCUGACAACAGCUUUUUAUAACUUGGGAGCUCAAUUGCAACGAAAAACAGCAGAAGAAAGAUUAUUACAAAACCCGACAACACAGUCAUUCCUUACGAGACAGCGACAAGCCACAACGAGACGACUUACUAAUCCUGGGGUAUCAACAAGUGAAUUUUUUGACUGCUAAUCCUUUGCAUGCAGAUACAACACUUGAAGCCCUGACUAUGUGUUUAGAUACAACACUUGUGUUUUUAGAAUACUUGUGCUGUGUUUUCAGACAAGCAUCUAAUAUUUAUGUGCAUCUAUAACCCAUGGCAACUACACUGGCAUUUUAAUUGUUUUGUUUUUAAUAACACUUUGUAAAACUCAGUUUGAAAGUAGCAAGGUUUAACAAUUAAUGUUCCAUUCAUGGGUUGUUAAUGUUAUAGUUUUUAGCUGUUUAUGGGUAUUCUUCUUUACUAUUACAGUUUUUUUUUCCAGGGAUUGUGUAACAUCCCUUAAUUCUUUUCUUUUAGCUUUUAGUGAGAAAAUGAUACUUUUAUAGUUAAGUUCCCAAGAUCAAAAAGAACUUUGCUUGUGGGCAGUUUUUAGUUAUUUGAUGUAAGCUAUAUAUGGGGGGGACAAUGUAUGAAAUGCAGUUUUAUCAUAAAUUGUCAUUAAAGGUGGGUUUUAGUCCAAGGACUUAAGCGUAUAAAGUGUGUAGCAUGUAUUUUGUUUGUAGAAGAUAAACUUGAACUGAGCUUUUACCAACAUUGCAUGACUAUAGAUUACUAACUUAUUGUGAGAUAAUUGCUACUUGCAAGGUUCUGUAGUUACUACUUUUUUUUGUCCAUGUAAUCAUAGUAUACAUCAGAUCAAAGUAAUUUUAUUUUAUCAUUUGCAUACACUAUAAUAUCUAUUUGUACCAUCAGCUGUACAUAUAUUACUAUAGUUAUUGCCUAAACUUCCAUUUCAUAACUAGCAGUUACAUUGGUUGGUUGUGGUUUUUUAUUCUUAUUUCAACUUGUGUAUGUGUGAAAGCUUCAGGUAUUCAUGUAUUAUGACACUAGAGGUGACCACACUCAUGGAAGUGACAUCAUUAAGUUCAUUAUGAAUAUUUUAUUUAUGAAUAUUUUCAAUAAUUUAUAAAUGAAUAAACACCAAUAACUGAAAAUAGUUUUUUGUUUUUUUUACUUUAUAAAGUAAUAAUCCUGACUCAGAUGACAGUGACGACAUUUACAUAAGGGGCUAAUCUUCUAGGCUUAUAUUUCAAAUUUAGAAAAAAACAUACUUUGACAGACAAAUCUCAGGAUUACAAUAACAGUAAAAACAGUUUAUUUAAAUGAUUAAUAACAUUUAGUAAACUUUUUCUUUUUCAGUAAAAACAAUAUAAAAAUAUAUUAAUUGUGAGGCAGUUAAUGUUAGUUGACAGAGGUUGUAUGUUUUUGCUAGGAAUUAGCCGAAGAUGAUAAGAUUUUUGCUGUGAUAUUCAAUAUAGGGAAAUUAAGCUUAGCACAAUGGUAGAAGAAAGUUUGUAUAGAUUAUGAAAAUAUAUACAGUAUUCCCUCGCUAUUCGCGGGAGUUACGUUCUUUACCACCACCACCACCCCGCGAAUAGCGAAAAACCGCGAAUAU